AUGCUUGAUCUCAGGAGGAGCAGGGAUGCACCGCUGGAGGACCCGGCGGCUGUCUCCUGGGUGGCCCAGUUCAACGACUCCCUGCAGCAGGCCAGCCCACAGGCACCAUGGGGGGCCGCAGCGCAGCGACUGAUCGACACCCUGGAGCUGGAAUCCUUUGCGCCCAGCGCCUCGCACCCCGCCCCGGACCCCACCCUGCACCAGCUGGAAAGCGCGGUGUUGCAGGGCCUGCCCGGCGCCCUGGCCCCCCUGGCAGAGCGCCGCUGUGCCCUGGGCGACAGCCGGGGGGCCCUGCUGGUCCUGCAGAGGUGGGUGCCGGCCUGGUGCGAAUGA